AUGGAAAGCGAUUUAACUAAACGUCGUCCAUCAAUAAUUCCCGGCUGUUUACCCGGUGUACCCGCUGGAUGGACACCAUCAGUUGACACUGUUGAAGAAGAUGAAAGUGAUAAAGAAGAAAAUGAAAUUUCCAAAUCUUAUUCAUCCCCAUUACUUUCCUAUUUACCACCAAUAACUAACUAUGAAACAAAACCAUAUCUUACAAUAAAAAAAUUUCAAUAUGAAAAUCCAUCAUCUGGUCAAACAACGAACAUGUCAAUGGCGCAUACACAUGGCGUAUGUAUAUUAAAUACAGCAGAAGAAGAAAUUAUAGCUUGUGACUAUUAUCAUAAUCGUCUACUUAUGUUUGAUUCAAACACAGAUGGUCGUUUAUUGGAAAUAUUUCGUGGUGAUUUAUCAACGCCAGAAAGUGUUACACCACGACCACAUCAUCGACAACACAUUUAUGUAACAAAAGCACAUUCAUUAUUAUUGUACGAUUUAGAAAAGAAAAAAGUUGUUCAACAAUUGGGUACUUCAGAAAGCGGUCAUGCAAAUAAUCGUUUUAAUUUGCCACGCGGUAUUACUGUUGAUCCAACAACCGGAGAAAUUUAUAUGUGUGAUACAUGGAAUCAUCGAAUUUGCGUUUUUUCACCGGACUUUCGUUUUGUUAAUCGUCGUUGGUAUUUAACACGUUGGGAACAAACACAAUUCAAAGUAAAACCAAGCUUUAUUGCUAUUAAUCAAAACAAUCAAUGUGUUGUGACAUGUGAAGAUGCACCGAAUUAUCGUGGUGCCGUUUAUCUUUUCGAUAAAAUGGGUUAUAUACAAAAAAUAUAUGACCAUGAUUCUCGUAAAAGUCCAAAUGUUGAAGCUAAAUUAAAUGUUCCACAUGGAAUAUUGCUUGACGACGAAGGAAACUGGUUGACAGUUUGCUAUUCUGAUCCUGAAUCACGUUCUGUUGAAAGACGAUCCAUUUUUCAAAAUAAUGAAGAAACUGAAACAAUUAAUUAUUGGCGUUGUAAAGAAAUGAAAGGACCCAGUGGUUUAGCGAUCAAACGCGAUCAAACAUUGAUUAUUGGUGAUCGAGACAAUAAUUCAAUAAAUUUUUUCAAACAAAAAGAAGAAUCAAAGGACGAAGCAACGAAGUAA